UAGGAAUUUGUAAAUUUGACGCUAGAAAUCCGGAGGAAACAGAAUCCCAUUUAUACAAAUGGAAAUGCUGAAAGAGCAAAACAACAAAACAAAGCCAAGCUAAGUUAAGAUCGAAGAAGCUAAGGAAAGAAGGGGCAUGGCAGAAACUGAAGUGAGCUGUGUUGUGUCUGAUUUUAUCAACUUCUUAAACGUUUCUCCUACUGCUUUCCACGCCGUCGAUGAGGCAAAGAAACGGUUGCAAAAGGUUGGGUAUGAGCAAGUAUCAGAGAGAGAAGAGUGGAAAUUAGAAGCUGGGAAAAGAUACUUUUUCACCAGGAAUCAUUCGACCAUUAUUGCUUUUGCUAUUGGUAAAAAAUAUGUUGCUGGAAAUGGAUUCCAUAUAGUUGGUGCACAUACUGACAGCCCCUGUCUAAAGUUGAAGCCUGUUUCCAAGGUAAAAAAAGGCGGUUAUCUGGAGGUUGGUGUGCAAACAUAUGGAGGUGGUUUGUGGCAUACAUGGUUUGAUCGUGACUUGACAGUUGCAGGAAGGGUGAUGAUAAGAGAGGAGAAGGGUGGUUCUGUAUCCUAUGCACAUCAGCUAGUUAGAAUUGAGGAUCCUAUAAUGCGUGUCCCUACCCUGGCUAUUCACUUAGACAGGGGUGUUAAUGAUGGAUUCAAGGUGAAUACACAGAAUCAUCUUUUACCUGUCCUGGCAACAUCAAUUAAGGCGGAGCUCAAUAGAGAGGUUGCUGAAAAUGGUCCAGCUGAAAAAAUGACUAACAACUCAAGACAUCAUGCACUUCUGCUGCAGAUGAUUGCAAAUAAGCUCGGCUGUCAACCAGAUCAAAUAUGUGAUUUUGAAUUGCAAGCAUGUGAUACUCAACCAAGUAUAGUAGCAGGUGCUACAAAGGAAUUUAUCUUUUCUGGAAGGCUUGACAAUCUUUGCAUGUCGUUUUGCUCUCUGAAGGCUUUGAUUGAUACUACAUCUGCUGAGAGCAACCUUGAAAAAGAGAGUGGUGUUAGAAUGGUGGCAUUGUUUGAUCAUGAGGAGGUUGGAUCUGAUUCAGCACAAGGAGCUGGAUCUCCUGCAAUGUUAGAUGCUCUAUCACGAAUAACGAAUUCCUUCACCUCAGAUUCAAAGAUGCUACCAAAAGCAAUCCAGAGAAGCUUCCUUGUUUCUGCCGACAUGGCACAUGCCCUUCACCCAAAUUAUAUGGAAAAACAUGAAGAGAACCAUCAGCCUAAGUUGCACGGGGGACUCGUUAUUAAACACAAUGCAAACCAACGUUAUGCAACCAAUGCGGUCACUUCUUUCAUAUUCAGGGAAAUAGCAAUGAAGCAUAACCUUCCUAUUCAGGAUUUUGUGGUGCGGAAUGAUAUGCCUUGUGGCUCCACCAUUGGUCCUAUCCUGGCAAGUGGUGUUGGGAUCCGCACAGUAGAUGUUGGUGCUCCGCAAUUAUCAAUGCAUAGCAUACGAGAAAUGUGUGCUGUUGAUGAUGUGAAGCAUUCGUAUGAGCAUUUCAAAGCCUUCUUCCAAGAAUUCUCUCAUCUUGACACCAAAAUUACAGUUGACAUGUAGAUCCUCUCAUCUUUGGCGGGGUAGUGCAAAAACCAAAGUGCCUUUCAAAUGGCUGCUAUUUAGGUUCUUGCUCAAGAUGCCCCAUCCAACCAUGAGUAUGAAUUGGCAUAGUAAGUUUGUGGGCUAAUUGGUAUAUUUUUCUGGAUCUACAACUUGUAUGGUGGCUUGGUAAAGGGUUCUGUGAGUGGCUUAUGAUUCAGCCUAACAAUAAGCUUGGAGAUGGAUUGGAUGUGUCUAACUCUGAUGUUUUUCUGCCGCAAUAACUAUGUUGUCAGUCACUACAAAACUUUGGAUGAUAUUGUUGUAAAACCUAGUAUCAGGCUCAAAUUGUAC